UUCGGGGUCAGUCGUCUGUAUGCGACUGUUGUGCAGCGCUGGGUUGUGUAAACCGAGAGUCACUUCCGCGUUCAGGACGCAAUGUUCGCUCUCAGCGCUGCGGGUUUAGCAGGAGCGUUGAGUUUAAAGAGUUUAAGAUGCCAGACGCUCAGCUCGAGAUGUGUCAGUAAAUGUUAUAAUGUCCAAAUCCCCUGCAGUGUGUCGAGAUCAGCGCGCGCACGUGCAGUGCUGUCACAGACCAACACACUGUUUAGGACGUGCAGGACAGCACCGCGUGUGUCCCUUCUGAACAUACGGCCGCUGUCCACUCUUCCUCCGCCACCCUCAUCAAAAAGAGACACAUCCAACAACAAGAAGAGCGGUCCAGUUACAUGGAAGUCUCUAGCUAUCACAUUUGCGUUGGGAGGAGGUCUUCUUCUAGGGAUGAAAUACUUUAAGAAAGAAAAAGAGGAACUGAUCGAGAAAGAAAGAACAAAGUCGAUGGGAAAAGCGUCACUUGGAGGUCCAUUCUCACUCGUCGACCACAACAAUAAACCCGCAAAGAGUGAGGAUUUCCUCGGCCAGUGGCUGCUGAUCUACUUCGGCUUCACACACUGUCCAGACAUCUGUCCUGAUGAACUGGAGAAAAUGAUUGAGGCUGUUGAUGAGAUUGAUAGAAUUAAAACACUUCCAGACAUAACACCAAUUCUCAUCACCAUUGAUCCCGAUAGAGACACACCAGAAGCACUGGCAGACUACGUCAAGGAGUUUUCCCCCAAGCUGAUCGGUCUGACAGGCACGACUGCCCAGAUUGAGCAGGUGUCCAGAGCCUACAGAGUGUACUACAGCCAGGGCCCAAAAGAUGAAGACAACGACUACAUUGUUGAUCACACCAUCAUAAUGUACCUGGUGGGACCUGAUGGCCAGUUUCUUGAGUAUUUUGGACAGAACAAGAAAUCCGCUGAGAUCUCAUCAUCCAUUGCAUCCCACAUGAGGAAGUACAAACAUGGAAAAUAAGUCAGAGGGCACUGCUUCAACAACGACCGAGUGCUUAUUUCUGUCUCACAACAUUGUCAUUGCUCUGUGAAAUGGGGUUUAUUUAUUUGAGGUGCUACUCUGAUUUAAGAAAUCAAAGGCUUUUGAAGCAUCCCUCAUUUUACUGCAGCCUCACACAGUAACUUCUGUUGAUCUUUGUUAUUAAUUAUCAUAUACAGUAAUGAAAUUCAAAGGAUUCGACUUCAAUAAAGUGUUUUGAUUGAUA